GCAGCGGCUCUGUCUGGAUUUAACACGGCGGAGGCAGAAGCAUCACUCCAACCAGGAAAGUCGUUCUGUCACAGAAAGGUGUCCCAACAGCGACAACAACUUGAACCAUGUGUGGGAUCUUUGCCUACCUGAAUUACCGAGUGCCUCGCACCAGAAAGGAGAUAUUUGAGACACUGGUGAAGGGGCUGCAGAGGCUGGAGUACAGAGGGUACGAUUCAGCAGGUAUCGCUGUCGAUGGCUCCAACAAGACGACCACCGACAUGAACGACAACACCAUCUGCUUGUUCAAGAAGAAGGGGAAGGUCAAGGCUCUGGAUGAGGAGCUCUACAAGAAAGACUCGCUGGACCUGGACGAGGAGCUGUGCACACACUUUGGCAUCGCUCACACUCGCUGGGCGACACACGGAGAGCCGAGUGCCGUCAACAGCCACCCUCACCGCUCCGACAAGGAUAACGAGUUUGUCGUCAUCCACAAUGGUAUCAUCACCAACUACAAAGAGCUGAAGGAGUACCUGAAAACCAAGGGAUAUGAGUUUGAGUCAGAGACGGACACAGAGGUGAUCCCCAAGCUGAUCAAAUAUGUUUAUGACAACCGAGAGAGUGACACCGUCUCCUUCUCCACCCUGGUGGAGAGGGUCAUUCAGCAACUGGAGGGGGCCUUCGCUCUGGUGUUUAAAAGCCGUCACUUCGCUGGAGAGGCUGUGGCCACCAGGAGAGGAAGUCCGCUGCUCAUUGGUGUGCGAAGCGAGCAUGAGCAGUUGACCGAAAACAUCCCCAUCCAGUACAACAGUGCUCACUUCAAGGAGGGAGUCCAGGAGAAGAACAGCCAUAACCGGUCGGACUCCUUCAGCGGCAUCAACUCUGUGGGGGAUGGCAGAGCUGUGGAGUAUUACUUUGCCUCCGACGCAAGUGCCAUCAUCGAGCACACGAACAAGGUGUUGUACAUGGAGGAUGACGACAUCGCCGUGGUGAGGAGCGGGCAGCUCUCCAUCCACAGGAUGAACCGGCUGGCGGGUGAGGAUCCAGUGCGGGCGAUCCAGACCCUGCAGAUGGAGCUGCAGCAGAUCAUGAAAGGCAACUUUGAAUCCUUCAUGCAGAAGGAGAUCUUUGAGCAGCCGGAGUCGGUAGUCAACACCAUGAGAGGACGGAUUUGCUUCGACACCAACGCAGUGGUUCUCGGUGGACUGAAAGAACACCUGAAGGAAAUCAAACGCUGCAAGAGACUGAUCAUGAUUGGCUGUGGGACAAGCUUCCACGCUGCAGUGGCUACCAGACAGAUCCUCGAGGAGCUGACCGAGCUGCCUGUCAUGGUGGAGCUGGCAAGCGACUUCCUUGACCGCAACACGCCUGUUUUCAGAGACGACGUUUGCUUCUUCAUCAGCCAGUCAGGAGAGACGGCCGACACCUUGAUGGCAUUACGCUACUGCAAGAGCCACAACGCUCUCACAGUCGGCAUCACCAACACCGUGGGCAGCUCCAUUUGUAGAGAGACAGACUGCGGAGUCCACGUCAACGCUGGGCCUGAGAUAGGAGUGGCGAGCACCAAGGCCUACACCAGCCAGUUUGUGGCUCUCAUCAUGUUUGCCCUGAUGCUGAGCGAGGACAGGCUUUCCCUAAAGCCGAGAAGACUAGAGAUCAUCAACAGCCUCAGGGUGCUCCCAGAGCUCAUCAAGAAGGUGUUGACCCUGGAUGACAAGAUCAAGGACAUCGCCAACGAGCUGUAUCAGCAAAGGUCUCUUCUGGUCAUGGGCCGAGGUUUCCACUAUGCCACCUGCUUAGAGGGGGCUCUGAAAAUCAAGGAGAUCACUUACAUGCACUCAGAAGGCAUCUUGGCCGGCGAGCUGAAGCACGGUCCUCUGGCACUUAUAGACAAAGACAUGCCAGUCAUCAUGAUCAUCAUGAGGGACGCCUGCUACACCAAGUGUCAGAAUGCUCUGCAGCAAGUCACUGCCAGAUCGGGUCGGCCUAUCAUCCUCUGUUGCCAGGACGACCCUGAGAUGACUAAGAAUGCCUACCAGACCAUCGAGCUGCCGCAAACUGUCGACUGUCUGCAGGGCAUCCUCACUGUCAUCCCCCUGCAGCUCCUGUCCUUCCACUUGGCCGUCCUGCGAGGAUUUGACGUUGACUUUCCCAGAAACUUGGCCAAGUCUGUGACUGUGGAAUAAUUCUGUUUCACAAAGCACAGGAGAGAAGAAAGGAGGCUCAUAGAUAAACAGUGCAAUUGUGCAAAUGAACGUUCUGUGUGUGUGUGUGUGUGUGUGUGUGUGUGUGGGGGGGGGGGGGGGCAGGGGGGGUUAAAGUAGGGGCCGUGUAUGUGUGUGUGUGUGUACAGAGGGCGUGAGUGAGAGUAAGUGAAAAAUGAAAGGAGGGAGGUAUAGGGUACGAUGACUUUUUAAAGAAAAAAAGAGAAAUGUGAAGUCCGACCAAUACACUGCUGAGGAAGUGCCAGUGCCAUUGAGGCCUAGUGGAAUUACCUAUGAAAACAACACUCACACAUUCAAAGCAAGACGCCAUGCCUUUGUCUUAUCUCAAGUUGAGCCAAAAACACAUGCAGUGGGCUUGAGAAGCAUUAUUAUGAUGUCUUGAAGUGUUUACAGUUGUGCAAUAUGGAGACCAAAUGUGCAUUAUGAAUGUACACAAUAAUGAGUGUGAGAUGAUUCAUUCUCUUUUUGUUGAUUAAUUUCUUAUGUCUGUUGGGGCGUAGUUAACUCUCUUUGCCUCUUGGGAAAUGUAGGAGUUUCAGCCUCUUCCGGAGUGUUCUCCGAAUUAUUUUUAUGUGUAGUUGCACAUUCAUGCCGUCACAGUUAACCCAAAACUUCCAUUAUUCCAUUAUCAGCAACAGCAACCAGAAGGAACGUUUUAAAGUUUUACUUGAUUCUUUUGAAAUGUUUCUGCUCCAUUUUAUUGUUAUUUUUAAUUUAAAACAUAUUGUAUGUGUAUUCAGUUUAAUGCAAUGGCAGUCUACAACAUCAGCUCAUGGUGCCACAUUUUUUUUCCAGAUUAUCUUUAUACAUAUUGUUGUCAUAGGGUGGAGCAUUUAAGUAGACAAACAUAAGAAUUAUUUAAAGAGCACUCAUGCAACAAAAAAAAGAAAAAAAAUGUACGCUGACUUUCAGUAAUAUUUUUGUUUUUUGCGGCCGUUUGUAUGGGUUUACGAAAGUGAUAAUAUUCUGUAUUUAUCUGAUUUUUAUUUUAUAGGGUUUAAGAGAGGGUUUGAUUUAUAUGUUUAACUAUGAUUGUAUUUUAAACUGGAUGUUUUAUAGACUCAAACAGGCACUAUCAAUCAAUAAAUAAAUAAAGUAUUAUAUUCUUUAUAGUG